AUGACUGCGGUCCAAGCAGCUUCCUUUGCGAUCCACAAGUCGCUCCUGGUCGAGUCGUCCAAGUACUUCCAGCGCUGUCUCGACGGCCCCUUCGCCGAGUCCCAGACCAACACGAUCGACCUCGACGAUGACUCGGACGACGGCGAAGCCAAUGUGAGCAUCAGCCCGCUCACCCUGGGCACCUAUGUCAAGCUAUGCUACUUUACCCGCCUCACUGCCCAGCGCGUCAGGCGCUCCCGUCGCAACGCCGCCGACAACACCGAGGACUCGUACGAGGUCUCCCCCUUUAUCCUGAAGCCCUGCGACAUGCAAACCCCGUACGAUCUCAAUGAGCUCGUCGACAUGUGGUCUCUGUGCGACCGUUUCCAUGAUGACCUGCUGCUGGGCAAGGUCUCAACCGCCAUCCGGGAGACGCUCGACGUCGGCGCCAUGAAGCUGGGCGAUGCGCACUGCGCCGAGUGGUGGGUGUUCAACUUUGCCAAUGGCUACGUCGCGCUCGAAGGUCUGCACCGCAGGGACGACGACAUUGAGGGGCUCCUGAAGAGGCUGAAGGAGUUGUUCGUGAAGAACUGCUCGCCGGGGUCGUGGGAACGGUUGGCAUAUCAGUUACCGAGCGAGUUUGUGGUUGCGACGUCGAUUGCGUUCCAGAGGAAGAUGGCGGCGUUAGUGGCCAAUGAGGCGGCUAUCACGAGGGUCAAUGGAGCCAGUCUGUGUUAUGAAUGUAAGACCAGGGUCCAGACGGCCUUGAAGAGAUGA